AUGGCUAGCGAAAUACUCGUUUCGAUGAGUGAUGCAGGGAUCAUCUUUUGCCGCCACCUCGAUUCCAUUGCCACGAACACUGUCGCGAUGCCACUGGACCAGAUCCAGGAACCCCUCUCAUCAAAUAUUUUCAUCUUCCAGGAACCAACCGUUCUGGGGCACUUCUUCAAGGACACCACAUCACCCUUUCUGAAUAUAUCCAACGGAGUGCGAAAAUUGCGCCUCGAUAUUUUGCAUACUGUCUCAACCGCCCAACUGACUCCCCUGGAAGAGAACGGUGGUAUCGAUGGGCCGAAUCUGUCAGUUUUGGUCGAAGGCUGGAGAAGUGCUUGUCGAAGUAUUCCCAGAGAUCAUCACAUCAAAGAAAUGGUCUUUGAUAUGUCUUGUGGGCAACCACUGGAGAUUAGACACAUAAUCAGGCUACUGCAACAAAUCAGCACUACCACUUGUCUGAAGGCUAGUGGUACAGUCCAUUGCUACGUUCAAGGCUGCGACCCUGAGAAGAAAGCAUGGCUAGAGGCAAGCCUUGUCAGUACUUCAACUUCUUGA